AGCAAAAAGAGACAUACUGCGAUUGAAGUGGAACUGGGCAUUUCUAGUGCUGAACAGCUUGGUGAGAGCCAUCAAUUAUUAUGUGUGUCAUACCCACCAAUCACCAGUUCAUCAUCAACCCCACCAUCAAGACUCUCAAUAUUACAAAUCAGGACAUAGAGCCGGGUUUGCAACAAAGUGAAACCUUUUACUCUCUAACUUACGUGGUGCUGUUUAGUGGCUAUGCUGUAUCAGCCGUUGGUACCGGACUUCUGUUCAACCACGUACCAACCUGGUACCUAUUCAUGUUCUCCACACUCUCUCAUACUCUGGGCUAUCUCCUGUAUGCACUGGCCACCAAUGGCUGGAUGAUGAUACUGGCUCGUGGACUGGCUGGUCUGCAACUAGGUGCUAGUACAUCCCUAGUGUUCGCCUACUGCUCUGUGAGCUUUGAGAAGUACACUGAGAAUCUGAAGAUACUUGGAAAGUUGAAAAAGAAGACAGCUGGGAAAGUGAAGGGAUAUGUAUUUAGUCUAUACUACAUUGGAAAUGUACUUGGAUUUUCUACUGCAGUAGGUUUCCCAGUAAUCCUGGCACAGUUUCCAAAUACUCCUCAGUUCAGACCUCCUGCGUGGUUCUGUGUA